AACUGCAGAUUCUCUUGCGCCGUUACAGGCUUUCGCUAAUUCUUCAUCUGCUCAGAACUGUCAAAGCUUGAAGAUCGCAGAUCUUGGAACCCCUCGCUCGCUUCAAGCGCCUUUUAGCUCUACAGUCUAACAACUCCAGAUGGGAAAAUGGAAUCGGAGAUACAUUCCCAGACGAAAUUUCAAUCAGUAUCAGAAUUUCCCUCCUGCUGACGAUGAGACUCAUUCCGAUAUUCCGGAGAAUAGUGUGCCUUCAUGGGAGAUAGAGUUCUGCAAAUCUGUGGGAAUGCCUUGGCAUAAGGUUGUCAAUAUGAAGAAGUACAUUUGCUGUUUUGAUAAUGUGCUUAAGUGGAAUGAUUCUGCUAGUCAAUUAACUUUUGGUGAGGCAAAAACAAGAUAUUGGGCUAAGAUUAAUGGCCUUCCCUGUGAUAACCCCUUGCCUGACCCCUGUGAGUAUGUUGCUGAAGUUGAUUGGAAUGUAUAUAUUGAUCCAGAAUUGAUAUUGGAUUUAGAGCGGAAAAUUUUCAAUUCCGAUGAAGCAGAGGUCAACAACUUAGAUGAUAUUUCUGAGUGGACAACAUCACCAGAUAAUAAAAAUCCUAAGGACGGCGAGACUGAUUCCGAUCGCUCCAAAAAAUUGGAAAGUGUUAAUCCGUGGGAGGAGAAUCACGCAAGAACUAGAGGGUCUUCCAAGAGCCCUGGAUUAAUAAGUGGCGUAAAUGACUCGUGGGGUCAGAACCCGUCAAGUGGACUCGAUAAUGCUUGGAGCAGUUCUUGGAAUAAUGAAAGUGGGAGUGCCUGGUGCACAAGGCAAAAAGAUUGGGGUGAUAACAAGAAUACCUCAUGGGGUCAAAGUGCUUGGAAUGUUAGGAACCACAAUGGUUCCCAAAUGCAGAAUGUUCGAAGUGAUAUGGACCACAAAGUGUGGAACACGGGUAAUUAUUGUGAUGCUUGGGGAAAUAACACAGCUCGAGGAGGUGGAGCUCCAAAAAAAGAAGGAUCGUGGCAAUGGGAAAACAGUUGUAGGAAUUGGACAACUGCCGGUAGUCAGAGUCACCAGCCCCCAUAUUUUGAGUCUGAGAGAUCCAGUGCUGGGAGGGAGUCUUUCUAUGGUGGUUCGAAGAAGAGGGAAUACUCUUCAUACCAUACUUCAUGGUUCAAAAGUUCAAGGUUCCAAGGAGAUGAAGAGGGAGCAUCUUACCAUUGGAGGAAAAUGGAGAACUCAAAAGAGUAUAAAUGAUUCACGUUUCAUGGAUAAAAGAUGGAAUCUUUCACAGGUGAAAAUGACUCUAUCAGUGCUAUUACAUAGAGUAUAGCAGAUGGAGUCCUAUAUCCUUAAUGUCGAAUGCCAAUCACCAAAUAUGUCUUGACUGACGGGGGUCUUUGUUCCAUUCACUUCCAUAGAGGAUGUUCUCUAAAUGGAUUUGAUCCCACUCAGAUGUCACUCUGCUGUGUUAUUUUUACUCCCACGUCUUUUGCCAGUCAAGUUAUGCCCCCCAGGGAGAUCGUGGAUGCAAAUUAAUUGCAUUAUCGGACAAUGGAAUGUUUUGAGGUCAUCUGUUAUACAGCAUCCAGAACUAGUGUAUAAAUGUACCCUCAGUGUUCUUUAUUCAGUUGCUUAUUUUUGAAACAAGACAACUGAAUUUUGUAAUCUUGUAUGUUUUUAUACAGUUUGGUUCAGAUA